AGGGGAGACAGGCGGACCAGAGGCUUGUGGGCUUGGCACUGAGUAACCUCCCAGCGGAACGGCGGCUCAUCACUUUGUGCGGCUCCGGCUGCCCAUGGCUCAGCGCUGGGCUGCUGCUCUCCUGCUGAUUCUGAUUGCUCAUCAAGGUUUACCUAUCCCUUUGAUUCAACCGAAGAAUGACAUACUGAUUAAGAAAAAGGGUGAUCGCAUCGAUCUUCAGUGUACAGACCACUCUGGCGUAAAAUGGGUAACUCCGUCAAGUGCAAAAAGAAACAUCAAUCAAAACAGGGUCAAUAUAAUUUCAGCACAACCAAAGCAUACGGGUCGAUAUAUAUGCCAAAAUCCCAUCUCUUUUACAAACAGCUCCCUUUACAUAUUUGUGGAAGACCCUAAGAAUUUGUUUGUAACUCCAUCACUGAAGCAGAAGUUCAUUGGCGGAAUAGAAGGAGGUGAGGCUGUCAUUCCUUGUCGAGUUACAACCCCUAAGGUUGAAAACUUGAGACUGGCGAAAGUUACUGGAGCAUCCAUCCCCAAAGACCUGUCCUACACCGCCAACAUUUACACUGGCAUAAGCAUCACUAACCUGAAGAGACAUUAUGAAGGGUAUUAUGUGUGCACCGCUGUAAGAAAUGGACUCGUGAGAGAAUCAGACAAAUUUAAACUGCAGAUAAUACCAGUGCCCAAGAGCGUCCCAGAAAUCAAUGUGGAGAUAAGUAAAAAGUUGCUGAAGGAAGGAGAGAAAUUUCAGAUGGCGUGCAUAAUUAAAAAUAUCAACCAUGCAGUAAUUGUGAAUUGGACUCAUCCACAAAGUUCAGCAACUAAAGUGACAAAGUCUUCCAACAACUUUCCCAGCUACUAUCAAACCAUACAAACAUUGAGAAUUGAUUCAGUGACAGUCAAUGAUACCGGACAUUUCACUUGUUUUGCAAGAAAUAGUUUUGGCUUGUCAAAUGCUUCAGCGUUUCUGCAGGUUGUAGCUGAAGGAUUUAUUAAGCUGUUACCUCCGGAGAGCACUGUGCUUCAUGUUAACAUUGGAAAAAACCUUGUGCUAAAAGUGGAGUUUGAUGCCUAUCCAGCUCCUGAUCAGCAAUACUGGAUUCUCAUGAAUGAGACAUUACUUAACACAUCGGACCAUUAUAUUAAAUCUGCAGAAGUUGGAAACAGAUACUCCAGUGAACUUCAUCUGGUUCGAGUGAAGGGAACAGAAGGUGGAAUUUAUACAUUUUUUGUUUCGAAUUCUGACUCCAACUCAACAGUUUCAUUUGACGUCCACAUCAGUAGCAAACCAGAGAUAAUUAUUAUUGAAGAAUCCAAGCCAGGUAAAGUUCGAUGUGUAGCUGUAGGGUUUCCAGAGCCAAAAAUAAAGUGGCUUCACUGCCAUGGAUCACAGAAAAGGUGCUUGGACUCAACCACAAUAGUAACAGAGGAAUUGCAUCCAAUAAACACAAUAAUGCGUCAGCCUCGCUUUGGAAGGAUUGAAGUAGAAAGCACAAUUAAUACCAAUGAACUGAACAUCACAGUGGAAUGCCAGUCAACCAACAGUGUUGGCGAGAGUCAUGCAACCUAUCAGAUAAAAGGAGGAAUGCCAAAGACACAUCAUCUCUUUACACCACUAUUGACACUGUUUGCAGCAGCAGCAGGUGUACUCUGCAUUAUCUUAGUGAUCCUGUUUUACAAGUAUCAACAGAAACCUAGGUACCAAAUUCAGUGGAAGGUCGUUGAGGGAAUUCAAGGGAAUAACUACACUUACAUCGACCCGACACAAUUACCGUACGAUGAUAAGUGGGAAUUUCCCCGGGAUAAGCUGCGGUUUGGUAAAACACUUGGAGCUGGAGCCUUUGGGAAGGUUGUGGAGGCUUCUGUUUAUGGAUUGACAAAAGCUGAUUCCAUUAUGACUGUUGCAGUAAAGAUGCUUAAACCAAGUGCCCACUCAACGGAGAAGGAAGCUCUGAUGUCAGAACUGAAAGUCUUGAGUCACCUAGGGCAACACAUCAACAUCGUCAACCUGCUGGGAGCAUGCACUGUAGGAGGCCCAGUUCUGGUGAUCACUGAGUACUGCUGUUUUGGUGACCUUCUGAACUUUCUGAGGAGGAAACGAGAUUCAUUUGUUUGGCCAGAACAUAAAGAACAGGAUAUGGUGAAGACACAAUAUGAGAAUGUUCCACGUCUGAGGGACCCUGAGAGCAAUGGUUCUGGAUCAUAUAUGGAAAUGAAGCCAAGUUGCACAGCAUUGCCACAGAACCAUGUAGACAAAAGAAAAUCCCCAAGCAAGGAAUCAUACAGUGAUAAGGAAAACAACAAUGAUGUCACUGAAGAGUAUAACUUGGCUUUGGAAAUUGAAGAUCUUCUCAUCUUUUCUUAUCAAGUUGCAAAGGGAAUGAACUUCCUUUCUUCUAAGAAUUGCAUUCACAGAGACUUGGCAGCAAGGAAUAUUCUUCUAACCAAUGGACAAAUUGCAAAAAUAUGUGAUUUUGGUCUGGCUCGAGAUAUCAGGAAUGAUUCCAACUAUGUGGUGAAAGGCAAUGCUCGUCUCCCUGUGAAAUGGAUGGCUCCAGAGAGUAUUUUUGACUGUGUGUACACAUUUGAGAGUGAUGUCUGGUCUUAUGGCAUUUUAUUAUGGGAAAUUUUCUCAUUAGGGAGCAGCCCUUAUCCUGGUAUUCCUGUGGACAACAAGUUCUAUAAAAUGAUCAAGGAAGGGUACCGGAUGUUGAGUCCUGAACUUGCACCAACUGAAUUGUAUGAGAUCAUGAAGGCUUGCUGGGAUGCUGAUGCUUUAAGAAGACCCACAUUUGAGCAAGUCGUGGAGAUGAUUGAAGAGCAGCUUUCAGAGCCCUCCAAACAUAAAUAUUCCAACUUGGAGUCAAAUUUUACCAUCAGGCUGAAAUUCCCCAGCCACUCCUCACGUCUAAAUUCAGCCGGCAGCAGCAACGCUUCUGACCAACCACUGCUAAUGAAUGACGAUGUGUUCUUUGAAGAUGAAAACAAACACAUGCAAAAUUGAUUUUGAAUCAAAAUCCAAACUACUUACACCCUGCUGAAGCUAAUAUACAGACAAAUGACUGAAUGUAGAUUUUAUUAACAUUUAUAUAUGUUGAAAUCAUGUAUUUACUUGGAAACUGCUGUGCUGUAGUCCUGUGUGGCUAAGUUAUAUUGUCUGGUUUAGCAUACACCAGAGUGAUUGUUUUCUAUUGCUGCAAGACUCUUUGAGAGUGUUUUUCUCACAUGUAAUGCUUCUAAUUUUGUAGAAAAUGCCAUUUCAAAUUUUUAUUUUUGAAUUAUAUACAAUUGUGUCCAUCAUUUAUUUUGCUGCAAUGAAUAUUUGGAUAAAAGCAAGAUUGUGUUGAUUUAGCUAAUUUAUCUGUUAAAUCGUUAAUGAAGAUACUGAAUUUAUAGAAAGUGCUAGGCAACCAGCUAGGUUUUAAGAUGGAAGGAUAUGUAGCAUCAAUGGAAAGGCAGAAUUGCCUCUUUUAGAAACCUACCUUUUAUUUUCUGAUUUAUGCAAUUUUUUAAUGUUCUAACAUGUUCUAUUACUGAGUUGAUUCCAGAACAAUUAAAUGCCUCAGUUCACUACUCAGUCUAACCAUGUGGGUGAGAACAGAGUGCACUAAUAUGUUAUUAAUAUGAUCUUCACUGUCAGUGUUUAUUGACAUUAUUACAAUUACACAAUCAUAUGUAAAAAGCAACACAGAGAGUUCAAGACUCUACAGUUGAUUACAGAUGUACAUUCUAUUUUAGCUAAAUUUUCUGGCUCCAGUACUGCAGUGACUGACCCUAAUGCCGAAUCGGAAAUCUUACAUAAAUGCAGUAAUUCAGAGAAAUGGCAAACAAACUGAGCAAAUGCAAAACUCAGAAUGUCAGAUAUUCUCCAACUUGCUUCAUCUCUUGCCUUGAUGAGCACUACACUCAUACACAAAUCUCUACAGACACAAAGUUACAGUUUUACUGAGUAACAUUUAAGGCAUUUUUUAUCAGCAUGCAUAAGAAAGGGGAAAUAAACUAUUAUCAUUAAUAAGGGAGGAUAAUAUUGCUACCGUAUUGGACAAUACGGUAGCAAUAUUAUCCUCCCUUAUUAAUGAUAAUAGUUGAACAUGAUCUCAGAGAGUGAAAUAGGAAUAGUCAAUGAGUGCUUUGCAACUUGGGAUUGAAAUAUUUCGCCUUCUUAAUUUAUAGUUUUGAUAAAACUGCACUACAUUCUGAAAUAAAUGAGGAAUUCCUCUUCCAAGUGUGUAGCCACAUAUUAAUGUUAUCUACUGGCAUAUGUUGUCAAGGUUGACAAGAGGUGAGAGUGAACAAUGGUACAAAUCUUGCCAAGAGGACAAGUUAACAUAGAUGUUGUUUCACACCAUUAUCAGUCAAAAUUGCGUAACAUGUUUGCUGAUAUCUACUGAAGGUAUUUGCAAGAUUACAGAAAUUGAAUCGUAAGGCGCCUUUUCAUUCUUUUUUUCGUAUGUACAGUGACAAAGGCUAAUUAUCUUCAAUUAAGUUGUUAUAGUUUAAGGAAGUUAGUUUCAAAUUCCAUCUAGCAGUUUUGUUUUACUAAGCUUUGCACAAAAACUGCAACCAUACAAACUGGUAAGGUUUUGCUAGCUUAAGGGAAGAGUAAUUGCAAUAUGUGCAUGCAGUGGAAAACUAUUUCUGAAUAUGUAAUGUUAUUGUACUGAUUGCAUUUGCUUUAAGGCAUUGGUAAGUUAGUAAACAGCAUAUUUUGUUUGCCCAACAAUGUAGGUUGCGCCACCGAGUUGUAACCACAUUACAGAUCAUUGAACUCAUAUCUGAAUGUGCAUGUGUCAUAUGUCUGUCUUUGGAAGCAAAUAGCAAUUCAUCAAUCACCUUAAAAAUGAAAUAAUUUAUCUAAAAUAGUCAAAGAGAUUUAGUCAGUUUUUAUUAUUGCUAGUGAAAUGAAUGAGGGGAGCAGACUACAGGGUUUAUUCACCUUAAUGCCCAAUGUAACAAAUAAGAACCUAAAAGACAAAAUUCCUUAGCUGGAAUGUAUAUUCAUAAGUUACAUCCUAUACCUUUAAGGCACAAUCUUAGUGUGAAUUACUAAAUUAUGGGUAUGAUUGUAGAAUGUAUGUACGAUGUAUGCUUAUAUUUACAAUUUAUUGGACGAGUCAAAUAGUGAUUCAUUCUGAUUUUAAAGAUGCAGGCCCUCCUGACAAAAUGUUUAGAUGAAUGUUGCUUUUAAAUGUGGAUCAUUGAUUUAUAAAUAUCUCUGGAACAAAGAUUGGCUUAGAAAUUUGGAUGUGUCAAUCAAUGUGCCUUAAUGAUGAAGCCUGAGGUAAACCCAUUAUUAACCUAAUGAGGCAAUUUCUAUGGAGCCAGUAAGCUACAGAAAACUGUCUGAUGUAACUAAAGAGUAGGUUGUUGCUGUGAUCUUCUGAUUCUGAAGAGGAAUAACAGGAACAAGUAAGAAGAAGUCUUAUAUGAUUAACUUUGUUUUUCUCUCAACAGACCUGUAGAGUUUCUCCAGACUUUCUAUUUUCAUUCAGAUCGCUAACAUCUGCUGUAUUUGCUUUUAUUUGGGAUUUAUUCUACAUUUUUAUUGCAUGUGUCCAGAAAGAUAACUUAUAUGUGAUGAAUCUUAUUUUAUUUCUUUUUAAACUUUUAAUAAAUGGGGCUGUUGCAAGAUUUAAGAGUUUUCAGGUCACUUAUUUUUCUAGAACUGGCAGUAAUCGCUUUUUUGGGGGAAAUUCUAGGACAGAUGUACCAUUCCAGAGUGUUGCAGGAAGUCAGUGACACCUUAAAAUAAUAUUGUGUAAGGAUCCAGCAUCAUUAAUACUGCAGUGAUGCUAUACUGUUCAUUUUAUUAUACUAUUUAUGAAAAUUAAGUAUCGUGUAUAAUUCUGCACUUAAGAUCUUUCUCCUUUCAGGUCCAUUUUACAAGUUCCUACAUGUGUUUCAAUAUUUGUGUAUGUGAUGAUAAUUAACUUAGACUACAGUUUAUUAGAAAAUAUCCAGAUUUAUAGCUUAGAAAAUAUGUUAGGUAAACUAUUGCUGAGUGGAAUUCAAAUAGGAAUGUAUUAAUAGGUUUCAGAAUCAAUGUUUGCACAGGACACUCUUGUUAACAUUAACACAUUUGUAUAAACGUGUGCGCUCAUUAUCUUAAUGAUGUUUAAAUUCUUUGCUGAAUAACAGACAAAAAAAGACUGUUGAAUAUCAAGUCGAUUUGUGUAGUAACAUCCUUCAAGCCACAGUUUUCAGAUGGAUUAUUUGAGGAAGAACUGAAAAAUAAAUAAUUGAUGUUUGCUACAUAUUAUGAAAUAUAUUUUGGGCACUGGUACAAAGCAGGCAAUAAUAAAUCAUCUAUUUUGCUUUUCCCCUGACUUUCAUUUCCACUGAUGCUGCUGAUCCAUAAACAUGUUUCAUUGUAUCUUCCCUCCUGUGACCUGAUUACAUUACAAUUAGUCCAAUAUGACAACUGCAGUGUUUGGAUAUUUACACGAACAUUUUUACCAGGACAGUGUUAUAGAACUUCCAUUAAGAGUUCUGUCUGAAACAUGCAUGUUCUUAAAAAUGAAUUUUCAUCAACCAACCUGCAAAUUAACGAAGUAAAUCAAAAUUUUUCGAUGUUUGCCAGAAGCUGGCUGAUCAGUGGUUGCCAGCAAAUGGAUUUCGCUUUAUCAUUUGCUUUUGUUUUUAGAUUGGCACAGGUACUGAUCUGUUGACAGCCAAGUUGUAGUUGUAUACAGUUUAUUAUGGAAUGGUACCAGGAAAAAUGUGGAGUUAACUUAUCAGAAUCUCCGCUGCCCAGCUCAGUAGCCCAGGACAUCUGUGCAGUCAAUUUGUGGUCUUGUCCACUCAUAUAUUCUUUUAGGAUAGCCUCUCUAGUCCAAUACUGUCAAAAUAAUAAAUUCACUGCUGCUCUGUGAUGGGUGAUCAGAUGGAGAAUAUUGCUCGCAUUUAUUGCCGAUAAUAAAUUCUGGCCACUGAUCCGACUUGCUUCUUAGUAAAUGUAAAAUACUAUCAACAGCAAAGAAGUGUGGAUGAUUCAAUGGCAAAGGAAGAUUUGCCUCUGAUGGAUUAAUUGACCUUUGCAUUUUUAAUACUUAUACAGCUACUGUAUGGUUAUUCAUGAUAGAAUUUGGAAUAUUGUUUUUUACAGAAAUGUUUAAAUAAAGAAUGCAGUUAUUGUGAAAGAAUUAUGUUGUGUUCAUUAAACUUGCAGGUUUUGCUAGACUUACGCGUCACCACUUUGUCGGUGUCUCAAUACCUAGUUUUACGAAACUCUGGUGUUGAACCUGAUAUCAGGGCAGAUUCCUAGAACCUUAGUAAA